UCGAUGGUUUCUGGAUGAAGUUAAGAGAACGAUGCCCUCGAUGCCGCGUCCUGGCACAAGACAACGGAUGAAGAAUAACCCUGUCCCGUGUACAUCGAUCCCGAUGAACGCAAUGCGCCGUCUUGCAUCUGUGGAUGGAACCAAUACUCCAUGUCACCGUAUAGUAUAAAGGACACCCCAUGCUUCGAUAGCAAUUCCAUCGCCAACGUUACAACAUGGCAGGUGCAUUGCACGCGCAUCCAUCGCUGCUGCUGCUAGCGCUAGUGAUCAGCCCAUGGCUCCUCAUCUGCGCCACCUUCCUUGCUCCGGUGGCCGCCGCCGAGCGGGCAUCGUACAUUGUCCAUAUGGACAAGUCCGCCAUGCCGCCGCGGCACUCCGGCCACCGUGCGUGGUACUCCACCGUCGUGGCUUCUCUCGCGGACGAUUCCUCAACGGACGGCCGCGGCGAGCUCUUCUACACGUACGACGAUGCGCUCCACGGCUUCGCGGCCACUCUCUCGGCCUCCGAGCUCCGCGCGCUGAGCAGCGUUCCGGGCUUCGUGUCCGCCUACCCUGACCGCCGCGCCGACGUCGGUGCCCGCCACGACACCACGCACUCCACGGAGUUCCUCGGUCUCAGCCCGCUCGCAGGGCUCCUGCCGGCCGCCAAGCUCGGCGAGGGCGUCAUCGUCGGCAUGAUCGACACCGGGGUGUGGCCCGAGAGCGCGAGCUUCGACGACGCCGGCAUGUCGCCCGCGCCGUCCAAGUGGCGCGGCACCUGCGAGCCGGGCCAGGCGUUCACCGCCGCCAUGUGCAACCGGAAGCUCAUCGGGGCGCGCUACUUCAACAAGGGGUUAGUCGCUGCGAACCCCGGCAUCACACUCACCAUGAACUCGACGCGUGACUCGGAGGGCCAUGGCACGCACACGUCGUCCACAGCCGCGGGGAGCUUCGUGAAGUGCGCGUCCUUCUUCGGCUACGGGCUCGGCACGGCGCGCGGGGUCGCGCCGCGCGCCCAUGUCGCCAUGUACAAGGUCAUCUUCGACGAGGGCCGGUAUGCGUCCGACGUGCUGGCCGGCAUGGACGCGGCCAUCGCGGACGGCGUCGACGUCAUCUCCAUCUCCAUGGGCUUCGACGGCGUGCCGCUCUACGAGGACCCCGUGGCCAUCGCCGCGUUUGCCGCCAUGGAGCGAGGCAUCCUCGUCUCGUCCUCGGCUGGGAACGCCGGCCCGCGGCCCCGCUCAUUGCACAACGGCAUACCGUGGGUGCUCACCGUCGCGGCUGGCACCGUGGACCGGAAGAUGUUCUCCGGCACUGUGACUUACGGCAACACGACGCAGUGGACCAUAGCCGGCGUCACCACGUACCCGGCGAAUGCCUGGGUGGUGGACAUGAAGCUGGUCUACAACGAUGCCGUAUCAGCGUGCAGCUCAGCCGCGUCGCUGGCGAACGUAACGACAAGCAUAGUCGUGUGCGCUGACACCGGGAGUAUCGACGAGCAGAUAAACAACGUAAACGAGGCUCGUGUCGCCGCGGCCAUCUUCAUCACGGAGGUGUCAUCUUUUGAGGACACCAUGCCGCUGCCAGCCAUGUUCAUCCGCCCGCAAGACGCGCAGGGGCUGCUGAGCUACAUCAACUCAACGGCGAUCCCGAUAGCGAGUAUGAGCUUCCAGCAGACCAUCCUCGGCACGCGGCCGGCGCCGGUGGUCACGGCUUACUCCUCACGUGGCCCGUCGCGGAGCUACCCGGGCGUGCUGAAGCCGGACAUACUGGCGCCAGGGAACAGCAUACUCGCGUCGUUUGCCCCCGUAGGUCCGACGGGACUGAUAGGCCAGACCUCUCUGCGCAGCGAGUUCUACGUCGCGUCCGGGACAUCAAUGGCGUGCCCGCAUGCCAGUGGUGUGGCGGCGCUGCUGCGCGCGGCUCACCCGGACUGGAGCCCGGCCAUGAUCAAGUCCGCGAUGAUGACCACGGCGACCACCAUCGAUAACACGUUCCGCCCGAUCGUCGAUGCCGGCAGCAUCGUCAGCGGCAACGGCAGUGCCGCCGCGGCCAGCCCGUUGGCCAUGGGCUCCGGGCACGUGAGCCCCAACUCCGCGAUGGACCCUGGGCUGGUGUACGACGUCGGGCCGGCGGACUUCGUGGCGCUGCUGUGCGCCGCGAACUACACCAACGCGCAGAUCAUGGCGAUCACGAGGUCGUCGACGGCGUACAACUGCUCCACCUCUUCCAACGACGUGAACUACCCGUCGUUCAUCGCCAUCUUCGGCGCCAACGCCACCUCCGGGGACGCACGCUUCAGCAGGACCGUGACCAGCGUCGGGGCCGGCCCGGCAACAUACAAGGCGUCCUGGGUGUCGUCGAGCAACGUCACCGUGGCUGUGACGCCGGCGACGCUGGAGUUCAGCGGGCCGGGGCAGAAGGCGACGUUCCAGGUGGAGAUCAAGCUCACCGCUCCGGCUGCUCCAGGAGGCGAGCCCGCAUUUGGGGCCGUCGUUUGGGCGGAUGCCAGCGGCAAGUACCGGGUCAGGACUCCAUAUGUCGUGCUUUGAUGUUCUCCCUAGUUACUUGUCCAUGUCGUUCCAGUACAACACAGCAAGUCUGGGUUGGAAUAAUUAUCGCCGCGAACAUGUAUGCAUCAACUCAUUUGGUAGACAGGUGAUGCAACAAAUUGAGUUCCUUUUUUUGCAACAUAUUGAGUUCGGUGAUGAGAAACCAAAUAUGAAAUACUAAAUGGUUGCUCGUGAUCUUUUAGAAGGUAGCUGAACUAUCCCAUGGCAGUUUAUGGUGUUCUCCUUUUCCUGUUGCUGUUUUUCCAAAAGCCCAUGCAAAAUCCUCGAAUUUGGUACGACAAACUUAACUAUGCCUAGUUAUGUACAAGUUACAGCUGUACAUUACAACACAGCAGAACACUUCAAAAA